UGGUUCUUCCAUCCCGGGCUGUGGCGACCCUCGAGCUUCUUUUUCGUCAUCAUCUCGUGGUCAUCGUCUUUUCGAUUCUUUUGUUCCUCGAUUGCUUCGAUUCCCAUAUUCCCCCCUCCACCUUAUUUUACCUCCCCCCUCCGGCCACGUUGUCGACCUCAUUAAUAUUCCUAAUUCUUAAUCACGACCAUGGGUAGCUAUACGUUCAAGUGGGAGCAUCCCGCCGAAGAAGUGUUCGUCACAGGCACUUUCGACAACUGGACGAAGAGCGAGCAGUUGCCCAAGGAGGGCGACGUCUUCCAGAAGACUGUCUUUCUGAAGGAUGCCUCGCAGAAAAUAUACUACAAGUACGUCGUUGACGGAGACUGGACCGUAAACGAGUCUUCCCCCAAGGAGGCUGAUCUCGAGGGCAACGUCAACAACUUCAUCACACCCGCGGACAUUCUCUCAUCCGACCCCGCAGCUGCUUUCAUCAGCACCGUUACUCCUCAGUCCACCACCGCUAAGAUGGCGAGCGAGCAGCCCAUUGACAAGCCUGAGGGAACUGCCACCCCCUCCGACGUCCCUGGAGGCUUCCCGAUCACCCCCAGCACUGAGCUGGAUAAGCCCAUCAGCGUCAACCCUCUGCCCGCUGCCGCUGGUGCCAUCAACCCCAUCAAGCUUGCGCCUGGUGAGGAGGUUCCUGCCGUCGGCAUUGAGAGCACCAAUGAGCACGUCAAGCUGGACAAGGAGUCUUAUGAGAAGAGCGAUGCUCUCCCCGGUGUCGACGCCACCGAGCUGCCUCCUGUCACCAGCAACAUGAUUCCCGAGUCCAGCCUCCCCGUCGUUGCCGCUCAGGAUGCCCACAUCAGCACCAUCAACCCUGGUGCCACAACCGUCGGCCUGGCUGCCCAGGUUCCUCUCGAGGCCGCCAAGGUCCCAGAGGUCGUCAAGGAGAGCCAGGAGAAGGCAGGCGUCGAGCCCGAAGCCGCUGCUGACCCCAAGGAGGUCGUGGAGAAGGCUCAGGUUGAGGAGGAGCUCAAGGAGAAGGUCACUGAAGCCCCAUCCACCUCCGAGGGCACUGCUGGUGUCGGUACCGAGAAAUCGGAAGCCGACAACACCGACACCCUUGCUGCUGUUGCCGCUGCCGCCGCCACCACUGGCGCCGCUGUCGUCGCUGCUGUCGUUGCUGCUUCAGAUAGCGCUGUCGAGGCCGCGACCCCUGUUGUAAACGAUACUGUUGCGGCCGCUGCCGAUGCUGCCAACAAGAACCUUCCCGACUCCGUCAAGGAGAACCUUCCUGCACCUAUUCAGGAGACUUUGGCUUCGCAUGAGGCUGCUGUCAAGGAAGAGACACGAGAGGAGGUCUCUCCCGAGGUGCCCGCCGAGGUCAAGGAGUCGAUCACUGAGGCUGGCAAGAGCCCCGAGGCUGCCGCCAACACCGCCGCCGUCGAGGAGAAGAAGGAGGUUGAGGCUGAGCUGCUGAAGGAGGUCAAGGCGGUCCCUGCCGUUGACGAGACCAAGGCCGAAGAGACCAAGGCCGAAGAAGCCAAGGUUGUGGAGGCUGCGCCUGUUGUCGAGCCUGUUGUCGCGCCUGUUACCUCUGCUACCAUCACCGAUGUGCAGGCAAUCGACAGCCCCGUCACUGAAGUUAGCAACGUCCAGGUGACCAAGACCGAGGUUCCCCUCGAGGAGGCCCAGAAGGCUGUCCCCGUGGUUGAAGAGCCCAAGGCUGAGGAGCCCAAGGUCGUGGAGCCCCAAGCUGAGGUGGCCAAGACCGAGGCACCAGCCACCACAGUCCCCGUCAUUGAUACAACGGUUGCUUCCGAGCCUGCCAAGGCCGACGCUGCCGUUGAUACUCCUGUAACCGAGACCGACAAGACAGAGGUCCCUCCCACCGAGGCUACCACUGAGGCACCCUCCAAGGCCAACGGCUCGACCGGCUCUCACGAUGAUAAGACGUCUGAGAAGAAAAAGAAUCGAUUCAGCGCCUUCUUCAGCCGAUUCAGACACAAGGUCUCCAACUAAGAGUCAUGAGUGGAUGAUAGAGACCGCGCGUCGUCAUGUUGAAACGCCUGGUUUACGGUUUUUACGGUGUCAGUUUUUCUUUGGCUGCUGGAGUGGCUUUGUUUAUAUGUCUAUGAUUCCCCACUUUGGCAGAGAAGUGUGACUUGGGUCGAAUAACGUCGGAUACCUGGAUCACCAUUUCAUAUACCUAAAUUCAUUCCGUUUCUUUUCCUCUUCCAUUCUUGCGCUCGUUCCCCUCACAGUCUUGCUUUGUGUCGCUGGCUCUUUCAUAUGAUGCUUACUCUUGUUGGAUAUGCUAUGUGUGUAACCUGUGUCCUUGUGUGUGUUUUCUGAGAAGGAAAGUCGGCCAGUCACAUCUUAUUUUGCCUGCAGAUGGAUACUCGAGAUGGGCCUUAGACAGCUUGUAGCUAUUGUUGCGUCUCUCAUUGUGCUGCUAUGGCGUAAGGCUUGGCAAUUUCUACUACUACUACUAUUACUACUACUACUACCUAGUUCGUUUUUAUCAUGUGGCAUGGGAUGGCAAACCCCCCAUGUAGAUAUUUCUGCCUGCUUUAAUGUCUAUCAUUACUUUUUCUUCA